CGAUAACCUUUUUCGCGAAGGUGGUAAAAAAGCUCCAAUUUGUCCCGAUUAUCAGUACCACACUCUGUCAUUGGCUAUUGUUUUGAUCUCUCAUAAGUAUUCGCAACCUUAAGUAUGAAACUUGUUUCACAUUGACGAUUGUUAGCCAUGUUGAGCAGAUCAGGGAAGAAAAAUCACUUUGAAGCCAAUCCACGCCACCGAAUAUUUGUUUCGCACCAUCUUUUGUUGGGACGUUCGAUACCGCUAUUUUUCAGACAGACACAAAUAUGAGUAUUCACUCUUUGUAUAACCACAGGGUCCAAGUUCCAAUACCACUUUUGAUCAUAACGAUUCUCCGAUAUGUCCAACUGCUGUAGUACAGGGUCAACUUCUACCCAGGAGCACUCAGUCAAUGUCAGAUUUUUUUUUUUGUCUUAAGUAUCGGUGGCUGGUAUCGGCAGCCUCAGGAUUAGCCAAUACCGAUCACUCAUAUCCGUACUCAACCCAUCCCUGAUAUUUUGGAAAAAUCCGACAAUUGGCCCUUUCUCUGCCUUAGAUUGCAAACGUGUAAAAAAACAAAAUGUCCAAAUUCGGCCCAAUUACUGCUAAGUGUGCAUCCUGCUUCAGACUUCUAAAAAGUAGACAUGACAUGAGUCGUUGCACAUCAACACCAAAGCUGCUCCUGGUAAAGUGUCGUCACUCCCGAGUUGUCGGUUAGCAGGCGCUUGUUUAUUCUGGAAGAAUCCUUUUCGGAUCUCGUUUGACGACUCUGUAGAGAGAAGACCGGCGAGUAUUUUUCAUGUUUGAACAGACGGCCUCUCGAUUGAAUUUCUGUCCAUGGGACUGAUUGAAACCUCAGACGGCAAAAGAUGUUGCGACACGUUGGAUCACGAAGAGCGUCUCUUCCCGCCCCGGCCGAGUGACGAUCUGAUGAGAGAGGAGGUCAUGUGACUGGGAAGGGGAUUGGAGUCGAGAGGGCGGGACCACCUGAAACCACUUUUACCUUUUACCUUACCUCUUCCUUGAGCCCUGAACACAAAAGGAACCAGCUGGUAAACCAGCAGCGAGAUCCUUCCUCCACUGGGAUGCGUUCUGCGUAGGACUCACGCCCGCAACUGGAUCCCCUCGGCUAUGUUUGGGCCCGGGCAACUGGUCUCUGCUCUCCUGCCUGCGGUUUUCCAUUCGCCCGCAGCCCCGUUUUUCCCCACCUUCCCGGCCCGGCAGAUCCUCAUCCCGGCGGGGCCCUACAUCAGCUACGAGUCGCUGAGGAGUUACCUGCAACCGGAGCCAUGCAAGGAGGCGCUGUUGCUGGCCACACAGGCCAUCGGCAUGGGUCCGAUGGUGGAUGGCGUGGACGAACAGAGGCCAGUGAAGCAGCGUCGAGCCCGCGCCAACUACAGCAGCUGGCAGCUAGAGCAGCUGGAGAAGGCCUUCGAGAGCACCCACUACCCCGACGUGUUCAUGAGGGAGGCCUUGGCCCUCAGACUGGACCUCAUUGAAGCCAGAGUGCAGGUUUGGUUCCAAAACCGGCGUGCUAAGAUGAGGCGUCAGCUGAAACUUCAGGGCAAGCGUGCCGGGCCCCAUCCCAAAGCGGAAUGCGGAGACGUCCCAGAUAAAACAAUCCAUCAUUUAAAACAUCACGUGGACUCUUCUGACAGUGAGCACUGGCCGCGAGCUCAGGAAGACGACGACAACUACCCGUGGACAAAAGCCGCCGGUGUUGCGGCGGCGGGUCAGAGCUCGGAGCAGCUGCGCUCCAGCAGCAUCGCCAAGCUGAGGGCCAAAGCCAGAGAGCACGAGGCCGAGCUCAAAGGCGCAGUCAGCAUGUCGCCGGGCGUUACGUCAGUCCAAACACCGGAGGUGGAUGCCGUGCGUGAUGAUUGAUCAUUUUCCUGCUUCCUGUUUUUAACCGUAGCACCAUUACUGAGAUAAACGUCACGCUGUCAAAGUGCUGGAGAAACAUUUCUCAUAAUUUGGACAUUAAUAAUUCAUUAGAUAGGCCUGCACUCAAGAGCUGUAUCAAAAAUUCUGCCUUUCGGAAGAAAAUGCUCAUGUUUAUGACCCAAAACAAAGGAGUACAUCAGAUGGAAAAAGUGGAAAGUCUUAAGACUGGCCAAGUAAAUCACCCGACCAUAACCCAAUAACGCAUGCAUGAAGAGGAGAAUGAAGAGAGAAACAAACAAGAACUGAAAGAGACCACAGCGAAGGCCUGGAAAAGCAUUUCGAAUUAAGAAUGCGUCAGUCUGGUGAAGUCAGUGGGGCGCAGGCCUCUCAACGCAGUUAUUCCAAGAUCUGAAACCCGAAUGUCUUCAGUAGGCAUUCAAUAUAAAGGAUACUUUUGGAAGCUGGCCCAGGCCUUGAGUUUGAUACUCAAGUAAAACAAGUGCACGUUGACUGUAAAUAGAACCACGUUGAGUUGUGUCAUGUGAUCAAGCAACGAUCCCUCACAACGUGUUGAAAGCACCUCCACUCGUUGGAACAAAAUCAAUCAUUUGCCCUUUAAGGAGCCCAGAUGUGAACGCAGCUACAUGACUCUUUUAGAGUAUUAUUCUCUCUUGCUAACUCACUUUAACAAGGCGAGAAUGUGUGUGUCAUCAUCAUUUGAAAAAUAAACCAAUCAUUAUCAUAACGUAAUACAAUGUAUGUCAGAAAUGUUCGCGGAGACUGGUGUCACAAAAAAUAUAUUUUCGACUCAGAUUGCCAACCAUGAGUGUAUCGUCAUCCAGCACGUAUACAAGCUUUGUUCAGUGCUCGGGAAGAAUUUGUGACACAAGUCGUGGAAAUUUUCUGACACACCUUGUCUGUGGUUUAAAUUAAUACCUUGGGAGUAAUUCCUGUUUUCAAUGUUCAAAUGAUGGUGGCAGUACCGUUAUCUUCAUGAACUAGUGUUGUAAAAUACUGCACCCUACUGGACGACCUCAUUGGCAGACAGUACAAUACAGGUGGUCCUCAGUUCAUGGGAGCAGUUCUGUUCCUGCGGCAAAUUUGAACGUGUGUUUAAAAAAAAAAUGAAACGCAACAUACUUAUUCUAAAUGGGUGUCAAAAACUUCUCGAACGUCAAGUGAUCAAAUGAAAAACAAGUACGGCUUUGAGUCUUCUCUUAUGAGGGCAUUUUCGGCAAGCCUUAUUUGUAUUAUUAUUUUUUAAACUAAAUUAAUAAACGACGUACUUUACAUGUGACAGUAUUUAGGGAAGUUCUCGAAGGCUCAAGUUCAACUGGCACUUAUUACGUGCUCCCCUCAUGUUACACAGCAGAUAUGGGUUAAAUAAACUUCUAUAUGUUUGCAGAC